CGCUUUGCUUGGCGAGUGAAAGUUGGAAUUUUCCCGGGGUAGGAUAUUUACGCAUCAAGGAGAAGACAAAAAAACACACAUACACAGACACAAUACGACUCGCUCGAGGUGAGGUUAUUACACAUCACAAUACGAUAGUAGUAGUAAUUUAUGAUCACAUAAGAAAUAAAAGAAAGAAAAAUAAAACAAAAGAGUUCAGAGUUCCAAGUGGAGUAGUGGGGCGAAAAGAAUCUGCUCUGCCACAUAUCUCCCUCGUCGGCUACCUCUCACUGGGUCAAAGGCCCCGGCUCAUCAUCUAGAAUGAGACCCUGGCGUCGAGCCAUCUACUCAAGGAGGUUGGUCUGCCGGUCAAGUCAGGAAGUCACUCCCUCGAAAUGGGUCUCGAGGCAAUCCAUCCUCUGGACGAGGGGAUCACCGGUUGGUGGUGCUGGUGGUGGUACUGGGCGCUGGAGCGCAGGACGCCGGCAACGGCCGAGAGCUCAAACAGGUGGCUGCUCUAGAGGUGGUACCUUUGGUGGUAGAGGUAGUCCCUCAAUGAACCGGAAUGGACCAAACGGUCCUAGCAACCGCAUGGAAUGCAAAGUGCUCUCUUCGAACCCUAUGGAGUGCCCCUCAUAUGUGCAGCCCGCCAAACUAACAUUCAAGUGACGGGCGAGACGUGUAAUGUAGGGCCCCAUUGAUAUGAUAUAUCUUCAUUUUCUCCUUAUGGCUCUGCGAAAGAGGUGGCCAUGACUGAACCAAGAUGAAAGUUGCUACACGGAUCCGCCAUGGAAGCAAACGCCAGCAAAAUCCUCUUGGUUAUCUUGUUUGGAUUUUUAUAGCUCGGUUAGAGGGAACGAGAUAGGAGUGCGUUGAUGAUGCGCCAGUGUGGCUUGAGUGUGGAUGCCAAUGUGAGUGUCAAUCAAGACGAUAUUAGUCGAUGCUCCGAUAGGCAAAACCUGUGAUAUUCUGCAUUCAGGUCGCAAACUCUGAUGGCGUCGUCUUCCCACUCGUCCUCUCUCUCAUUGUAAACUCCCAGUAAUCGGCCAAACUCGUCAAAAGACAUUUUGUGGCAUUCCCCACCCAAGUGGAAUUUCAUCCUGCGCCUACGAGCGUCGAGCGUGCUGUCUAUCGUGAGGAUGGUGAAGGUACUGAAAAACUCGUCACACAACUCCUAAAAAAUUUCAUCCUCCAAUUCAAGGAGUUGGCGUCAUUGUGGGUGUGCCACCGCCGCCCUCAUGAUGUCUCCACUGUCAAGGCCAUCGAAUUGAUUGCAGUCGAGUUUCCAGUGUUCUCCGAAGUUAGUGCUCGCCCAAAAUCGCAUCUCCCUGUCCACUUGGGGGUUCCCUGGCAGUGCCACAAGGUAUGGGUGACUCAUACUGAAUUUCCUACAAGAUCGACAAACAUGCACCAUACGUGGUAAUAAACGUCAAUCGCAGCUCAUUGGGAGGAAAAAGAAUCCCCCCCCCCCCCCACACACACACACUUAAAUUUCCAGUACAGAUCCAUGCUAAUCAAAACAAUUAAGCUUAAGCACCCUAUGGCACGGUUCUAGGUGGUCACAGAUUAUCUCACACAAAAAUUCAAACCUGAACCAUGCCACGGUGACUACCAACCACCACUCAAUCAAACAUUUCUCAUCAUCCAACAAUUAGCACUUGGUGGGCAAAUUUCGCAAAUACAGGCAUUUCGAAUUAAAACGUGCCCACCAAGGCUCAAAUAAGCUCAAGCAAUAUCAUUCUGUCAAUCAAUCACCCUAAUUAACCUAAUUCCUCGCCCUAAUUCUAAGUUCAACAUGCAAUUCACUCAAAUUUUCCUCGCUUCACUACCUAAUCCUAUUCUCCCAAAGUUAAUAAGAAAGAGCUGAAAACCAACAUGGAGACUCAAGUGGGAUGUAGGAGGAAGUGAGGUGAGGCCGAGGACAGUGAAAAUCGACCGAAAAGCAGACCAGAGAAGAGUCGCCAGAGCUUCAUCGGAAGCUCGCUGGACUCUCGCCGGAGGCUCGCCGGCGGUGACUUCGUUGGAAAAAAUGUGCUCCAAAUAUCCCCAAAAUCUCGGCGAAUGUCACAUUUGAUGAGGGGAGAAUGGGUACAUGCUUGGUUUUGGGUUUUGCAUGCCUGAAUGGGGAAAAUGGCCAAAAAACGUGGUAAUUUCGCAGUUUUCCGGCGAGAUUUGAAUUUCCUGGAGAGUUUUGGAUCGUGAAGUGAUGAGUCAACGUUCACCCCCCUUUUAUUGGCGAGGCUCGCAGUUCACGGACACAUUUCCUAGUUCAUUGUCGACAAGUAUUACACUCGUAGAAGUGCCUGGUUCACGGACGCGUUUGCCUGUUGAUGGUCUUGUAAGACCGUGAACUUGGCAAUCCGUCCGUGAACAUCAGUUAAAACAUGGCACUUCUGGAGGAAAAAAAUGACUCGGCCUAAUCCACCGUGCCUCCUAUCGAUCACGACAUAACUUCAAAACUCACAACCACAAAAUGUGGCACGGGGAUACCACUCGACCACUAGAACUCUUCACUUGACACACAAAAACAAAAAUAAAUACAUGAAAACAAA